AUGGGGAACAGGAAGCCCUGUAACUGUACUAAAUCAAUGUGUUUAAAAUUGUAUUGUGAUUGUUUCGCUAAUGGAGAGUUUUGCAAAGAUUGCAAUUGUAAAGACUGUCGAAACAAUCUUGAAAAUGAAGCGGAACGCACCCGUGCAGUAAAGUUGUCGUUGGAGAGAAAUCCUAAUGCUUUUAAACCAAAAAUUGGUGUUGCUCCGAGGGGUCGGGUUGACGUUGAACGUUUACACCAGAAAGGUUGUCACUGUAAGAAGUCGAAUUGUCUAAAAAAUUAUUGCGAGUGUUAUGAGGCUAAAGUACCUUGUACAGAUAGGUGUAAGUGUAUAAGUUGUCGCAAUACAGAGAACGACAGAGCCACCAAGUUUCGAAAUAAGUUCAGUGCAUCUUCUGAUGUUAGGCCAGUUCUGGGAAGUGUGCAAGCUGAGAUGCGUGCGUCUUCUCCCUUUAGCGAUGAAGAAAGUGAGGCGGAAACCCCGGAACCAAGCGAUCCUAAAACAUUGCCCUGGUUUUACAUGACAGACGAGGUUGUUGAGGCUGCAACAUUAUGUCUUGUUGCACAAGCAGAAGAGUUGGAAUCGGAAGGUGGAGUUACGGAUGAGAAGUUAGAGAUGGCUAUACUUAAGGAAUUUGGAAGGUGUCUUGGUCAAGUAAUUGAAAACGCCACUCUUCAGUCUUCUGUUGCCUAG